AUGGCCACUUCGCAGCGACAUAGUCGUCCUUGCCUUUUGGUCCUGGUCAUAUUAGGCUGCCCAGGCUGCCCGGACUUGACGUUCAAUGUGGGAUGGCCCAGCUCUAGAGGUGGAACGUGCCGUUCCGCCGAGCCGCGGCGCCCCGGCUCGGGGCGACCGCGGCGCCGGCCGCGGCCGCCCAUGGGCCCGGUGGCGCCGGCGCGGGAGCCGACGAGUUGGUCGGAAGUUCUACAGCAAAUGGCGCCAGAGGAAAGUGAGCGAGGACGCUCCCUCCCAGUGGCCAUUGCAGUACGCAGCUGGCUCCAGCGCUUCAUCAUCGCAGAAGGUUUGUGCCCCUGGGCCGAAGCCGCUUUGACUUCGGGCGCCCUGGCUGUGGUUUGCCUCCUCGAGAGCGAUGAGAAGGCGGUGGCCCAGCGUCUUCUGCAGCACGGGCAGCUCUUGCAGCGAGCGAAGCCACCGGGCUCCCUGGGUGCCACGACGCUGGCCUUGGCGCCACGUUGCCAUGGCCUUCAGCGGCUGAAACGCUUUCAUAAGGUCUGCGACUAUUUGGACUUGAAUCUGGAUGAGACCAAGGUCCAACUGGCACCGUUCCAUCCUUUGUGGCGCUUUGAGGGUCGCCAGCUGCCUGGAGAAGGCGAUGUGCCGGAGGGUCGAGGGGAAGAUGCGGCGAACUACGUGAAUCGCUCACCCGUCCCAGCGUUUCACUUCUUAAGAGUUAAAGAAGUCACUGCAGCCGCUGCAGAUCAUCCAGCUGCAACUCAGGGAGGUCCAGAGGCGGCCAGUGCUUCAGUGGCGCUGCGGAAUGCCCUGCUGCUGCGAAAGAGGGGUGUCCAGCAUUGCAAAGAGGCCUUGAAAGCUUUUGUUUGUGGUGUGGAGAUGCUGAGUACACGAUCAUUCUUUUCGAUUCUUUUCGCACAAUAUCAGAAGAGGUUCAAGUGA